AUGGCAGAGCAAGUUCAAAAAGAUAGUGCAGAAAGUUUGAGAAUGAGAGAAUCAUCGAAUAGUGAUGACUCGCUCAUCCACCCUGUUGGACUUACUUCAUCAAGAAGACGAAGAAUAUUGUCAUCCGAAAGUGAAUUGGGAGAAAAUUCGGGUACAGCAAUAGCAGGUUGGGAAGAAGUGUUCCAGGAUACUGAUAAUCCACCAGAAGCCCACUACAAAUUUAAUGAAAUACCAGGUCCAAACCACACACUUCCUCGUGCUGCAGCGCCCAUUGCUUAUUUUUAUUUAUUUUUUACCAAUAUUCUGCUGGAAACAAUUGUUGGGAUCCGGAUGAGCAUUGACGAGAGCUUAAUGGGAACCAAAAACCACACACAACUGUUGCAGUACCUUCCUAACAAACACCAUCACUGGUGGAGAAUAAAACUGUGGAUGUUAUGCAACUCUGUUUCAAACUAUUGUUUGGCUUUUUACAUCUACCGAGGAGCACAAAGUGCUGCAGACAGAUUCGAAAUCCAAGAGAAUGGCUUGGCGCAUACAGUAGUCAUGAAAUUAUUGACAAUGGGAAAUUAUUUCUCAAGAAGUUACCACAUUUUUGACGACAACUUCUUCGCAUCAGUAUCUCUGGCGAAGACUUUAUACGGUCUGGGCACUUACAUUACUGGAACGAUUCGCAGAAACCGAAAAUUUAUAUCCGAACCGCUUACUGAAAAAUUUGCUAUAGGCGUAACGAAAUUUUUUAGACAGGGCCCUUUCCUCACUAUUUGUUACAGGGAAAAGAAGUCCCAACGUUUUUCAGUUAUUUUAUUAUCUUCCAAAUCCAAAGCGCAAAGUACCACGCAUUUCCGCACACGUAGAGGCCAAACCGAGGAAACAGUCAAACCAUUCGCUAUAGAAUGUUAUAAUAAUUACAUGGGCGGAAUCGACACAUCCGAUAUGAUGUUAUAUACUUAUCUGGAUGAAAGGCAGACAGUAAAAUACUGGAAAAAAGUAUGCUUCAAUGUGUUUUCGAGAAUGAUGCUCAACAGUUACAUCAUUUACAAAGAAAGUCUCCCCUCUGAGGAAAAGCCUAUUACUCGUUUCCGUUUUAUGAUUAGUAUUGUGGAAACUCUUGCAAAGGAAUGGGAAAGUGCGAAGAAAAACAGCGGUGCGGAAUCCAACAAACUGGAAAAAUUACCAGGAGAAAAGGAGAAAGACUGUUGCGUGUGCAGUACGAGGAGUAAAGAUGACGGCGGAAAGCGAAGAAGAAUCCAAACGAUAUGUUCAAUUUGCAAGAAAGGUCUGCAUGGUGCAUGCUUUCCACAACAUAGAUGUAAUUCCUAA